GUUAUAAGAGAGAAUUAGGUGUUCUGCUCUGUCCGAGGCGUCCGUCUGUGGACGGCUUUUCGUAUAUAAGGGGGAAGGGAGGAACGGAUCUCAUACCUCAUGUUCCGGCAGCACAUCAACCUGAUAUCUAACUACUCCUCGACUCUCCCCUCGAGAUGCAGUUCUACGCGAUCUUAGCACUCUUUGCCGUGGCCAUGGCCGCCCCGUACGGACCUAAACCCGUCCCGUACGGACCUGAACACGGGCCCAACCCGGAAUGCAAGCCACCUGCAUACCGCUGCAAGCCUGAUCUCACGGGUUGGCUGGUCUACGGCGUGAACGGCCGCUACUUGGACGGCGGAAGUUGCCCGCUGAAUACGACUUGCCAGCAUAUCAACAACUUGCCCUACUGUAUCGAUGAGGACGGAGGGCACAGCGGAGGGUACGGCGGAGGGGACGUGGGGAUUCUCACCCCACCCAUGACAAACAGGACGAAGGGGGUCUCCGAAAAGAAGGGAUUGGGGAGAAGGCAUUAGACAUACUUUCUCUGUUUGCUGUUUCGCUGUCCAUCGUUAGGUUCGGUUUACGGACGUUCAUUUUAAGAAUGACCUAGGUCAACACGUAGCAGCAAAAUUUCAUACCGUGCGGGCUGUCUCGCGAUGAUUAAAGUUAUCCCGGCCGGUUCUUAAUUCUGUACUUACCUACCUCGGAUACGAUAACGAGUUACAAACUUAACCA